AAUAAUAAUAAUGAAAAUGGUUAAACCCUAAAGCCACCUCAUUCCUUCACCCUACAUCUUCGCAAUCUCUUCUCCUCUUCCUCUCACCACUUCAGGAACCGCCGCCGCCGCUGCCGUUGCCGUCGCUGUUCUCCUUUUUCACGAGUUUUCUACCCUCUCUCCAUCUCAGUGUGGAAACUCAGCUCAAUUAUUCCAUAAUGCAAUCAACCGAAGCUUCCACUUCCAUGGAAGUGGAAACAAUUUCAACUCAAACAAAAGAUGUAGUUAGCACAUUACCUCCAAAACCACAGUUUGAUCCUCUAAAGCCUCAUGAAAUGAAUGAUGGUCGAGUUCAGUUCCGAAAGGUCUCCGUUCCACCCCAUCGUUAUUCCCCUCUAAAGAAAGCAUGGAUGGAGAUUUAUACGCCAAUUUACGACCAGAUGAAAAUCGACGUCCGAAUGAAUCUCAAGGCACGGAAAGUGGAGUUGAAAACCAGAGCAGACACACCCGACAUUAGUAACUUGCAGAAGUGUGCAGAUUUUGUUCAUGCUUUCAUGCUUGGUUUCGAUGUUAUUGAUGCCAUUGCACUCUUACGUGUUGAUGAACUCUAUGUCGAGUCUUUUGAGAUAAAAGAUGUUAAAACGUUGCGAGGCGAGCACUUAUCCCGAGCCAUUGGUAGAUUGUCUGGUAAAGCUGGUAAGACAAAGUUUGCCAUCGAAAAUGCCACAAAGACGAGGAUAGUUAUUGCAGAUACUAAGAUUCACAUAUUAGGAUCCUUUGCAAAUAUCAAGAUUGCUAGGGAUUCUCUUUGCAGUCUCAUUUUAGGGUCACCUGCUGGAAAAGUUUAUUCAAAGCUAAGGGCAGUUACUGCCAGAUUGGCAGAAAGGUUUUGAUCUUUCAUGGUGAUUAUAGAGUAAGUUAAAGUUUUCUCAUGAUAAAUGAUUUUUGCAUACACUAGUUGUUUGAGGAAGAGGAGUGUAUAGCUUUGUCAAAAAGCUUAUGCGCUGAAGUUUUGUCGAAAACAUUGAUCGAUACACAAUCUGGGUAUCAGGUGAUUCUUGGCCUUUGCUGGUGUUAUUUUAACGUAGAUAUGUUUGAUUAAUUGAAGGAAACAUUGGUGUCCAUCUGAGUCUAUUUAUAAAGUGUGAACUAUUUUAUGAGAGAAAGAAAGGAUUGAUUGAUUUUUUCCUGUUUAACACAA